CUGACCACUUCUUCUUCAGUUUUAGUAAGCGACAGUGGUCAAACAAAUCGCUCAGAUGCUUGUUUUAUUGUAGGAAGUAUUCCUUUAAACACACUAGAUUUUAAAACAAACCCAAAAUGGAACCAUGGAUAGUUCUACUUGUUCUGAUAUCUGUGCUGAAGUUAGUUUCCGGUACAGCCCAGGUACAGAUCCGCCUUGUGAGAUAUAUAAACCCAGGGGGUAAAGGUGACAAUGGUCAUCCUUGUGAUGGACGCUGGCUCUUUAACGGAAGUCCUUGUGACCACAGGAUCGUGCUGUGUAUGGACACUGUCAGUGGGUCAGAUUCGGUCAACAGGUGCGCCUACGGGCGAGCGGAUACUGGGGAAAUCAGUAACGCUGACACUAUUACGUUCGCGGGACGUGCCGGGCGACUCAGUAACCCGUUUACCUUUCGAGUGGCGCUGUGGCCGGGGUCGGUGAGGAUCAAGGUCAGGGUCUUCGAUGUGGAUGACAACAGUGAUGAUUUUGUGGAUUUCAUGCAAAAAGUGUUCACAACCACUGUGAGUGCCAACUCACGGUCUCAUCGCGUGCUCGUCAAGAGAAGGACUACGUUGUUGAUGGAUGUUCGAGUGUUCUGCGACCCUCACUACUUCGGUCAACAGUGUACUGUAUUCUGUCGCCCUAGAAACGACUGGAUGGGACAUUUCACAUGUGACCAAACUACCGGCGCUAAGGUCUGCAACCAAGGAUGGAGGGGACGAAAUUGUAACAGAAAAAUAGACAUUUGUGCUCCGUGUCAGCACGGCUCCUGUGACCAAUCGGCGGCAGCCUAUAAAUGUGUGUGUGACCUUGGUUUCACAGGUACUAACUGUGAAAUUAACAUGGAUGAAUGCGCCUCCGAUCCGUGUCGGAAUGGCGGUCUUUGCCUUGACCUCGUUGGGCAAUAUACCUGCAUAUGUUCCGUGGGUUGGAACGGUCCAGAUUGCGAGAAUGAUGUGAACGAGUGCUUGCAGAAUACGUGUCGAAAUAAUGGUACAUGUAUCAACGAACCUGGUUCGUAUAGAUGCAAGUGCGACGAGGGAUGGAAUGGAAAACACUGUGAUAUCGACGUUGACGAGUGUGCCCUUGGUUCUCAAUGCAACACAAACGCUUCUUGUAUCAAUGUUCCAGGAACAUUUGAAUGCGCGUGCUCUGAAGGGCUAACAGGAUGGUCAUGUGAGGACAUCAACGAAUGUGUAGAAGAUAAUCCUUGUUUCGGUAAUUCCACGUGUAUCAACCAACAUGGUUCGUUCCAGUGUUUCUGUCCGGAAGGCUGGACUGGAGAUCUCUGUGACGUUGAUAUAGACGAGUGUGUGUACAAUCCCUGUCUUUUUAACUCCACCUGUAUGAACCGAGUCGGGUCCUUCGUCUGUAUGUGUACUACAGGGGUGGCUGGAAUGUACUGUGAGAUAGAUAUUAACGAAUGUGCUACUUCUCCGUGUUAUGGUAAUUCUACCUGUAUAAAUCAAGCAGGGUCGUUCACGUGUUCAUGCGCCGAUGGCUUUUUAGGUUCUUUGUGUGAGACAGAUAUAGACGAAUGUGCUAGUACUCCUUGUGCCAAUAACGGAUCGUGUGUUGACCAAGUGGGAGGGUUUUCCUGUGAGUGUUUGAGCGGCUGGACAGGGGACCAGUGUGAGGAAGAACAGGACGAAUGUGCAGGUAAUCCAUGUGAACAUAACAGUACUUGUACCGAUAUGUUUGAUGAUUAUGACUGCUUCUGCGCUCCCGGGUGGACGGGUAAAUCGUGUGAGGAAGACAUCAAUGAAUGCACGAUGAUAAAUAAUCCCUGUUCCCAUGGAGGAAACUGUACCAAUGCAUUUGGGUCUUUUACUUGCGAUUGCCCACACAACUGGGAAGGUCCUACAUGCGACGACGAUGUCAACGAAUGUCACUUAUCACCAUGUGGAAAUGGCGGGUCUUGUUAUAAUCACAUCGGUCGAUACUUGUGUGAAUGUUCCCCGGGAUUCACAGGCCAGGACUGUGACGAUGAUGUUGAUGAAUGUGUACAGAGUCCUUGUUUUAACAAUGGAACCUGCCUGAAUACGGCUGGUUCAUAUUCCUGUUCAUGUCCCCCAGGUUGGAUUGGCGAACAUUGUGACCAGGAUUACGAUGAAUGCAACGCGAAUCCCUGUGCUAAUGGAGGAUCAUGUUUAAACUCUGUGGGAUCAUUCUCUUGUAGCUGUUCGUUAGAUUACACAGGAAGGCAAUGCGAGACAUUUAAUGACAACUGUGCGGAUAAACCCUGUUUGAAUCACGGUAACUGCACCAGCGUCAAUGGUGCCUUUAAAUGCGAGUGUUCCGAGUCAUGGACGGGUGAAAUAUGCGGCGAAGAUGUCAAUGAAUGUGAGAGAUAUCCAUGCCAAUCUGAUUCCACUUGCAUUAACACGAACGGCUCUUUUAUCUGCAUGUGUCCACCACAAAUGACUGGACCACUUUGUGCUACAGACGUCAACGAGUGCUCAUCCAAUCCAUGUUCAAACGGUGGUUCAUGUGUUAAUGAACUGAGGUCUUUCCAAUGCCAUUGUCUUCCUGGAUUUAAGGGUCAUCUUUGCGCCGAGAUUGACUUCUGUGGGUCCUUCCCUUGUCGACACAAUGGCACGUGCGUCUCUGAAGGCCGCCCUCGCUGCCUAUGCCCGAGCAACGUAUUUGGAAAAUUUUGUGACAUCACCCUGAAAAAUGCAUGCUUAAAUGAAAACACAGAUCCAGUAAUGGUAAAUAUCCAUGGAAAGCUUGACACCUCCGGUGUGGAGAUAUUAAACCACUCUAUAGCGGAAGCUCUGAGUCAGUUGUUUAUGAUAAAUAGAGAUGAUAUUCGUCUGUUGUUGACCUCGGAACUUUGGACGGAUGCUGAUAACAAACCCAUGACGACUGUCCUUAUAUCUGCCUACGUCCAGGAUUCCCAAAUAUGUCGGGAUGAAUUAACAAAUAUAUUCAGCACAGAAAACAUUUUAGACAAUGCUCUGGAAACACCUGCUACCAUAGUUUAUCAAAAGUCGGUCUCUGAUGGACAGGCCAGUAAUCUCCAAGGAACAACCGUUAUGGAAACUAAGGAAAAUUGGUUAUUAUCCCGCUGGUACAUUUUAGCUGUGAUAGCUGGUGUAUUUAUAGCCUUAGUAGCCAUAGCCAUUGUAAUAUUCAAACACAAGCGGAGACCAAAAGCACUGGUAAUCGCUGGCCGGAACGAUUCUCUGUACCGUAACGGAAGUCUGACAAUGCCUGAGGAUACGGGAGACGAGACGAGCGUUAUUGCUAGUCUGUCGUUUGAUAAUGUUCUUUACACUACAUUCCAGCCCCAGGGUCAGGCACCACCUCUAGACCCUCAAGACAAUGAGAACGUGCGUUCAUGAUAGGACAAUAUUGUCCGGUCGAUACACAUUGUAUAAAUGAUGAGGGUUGCUUUAUAAAAUAUCACUCUUAAUUGAAACAUUAUUAUAAUUUGACUGUUUUGGAUAUACUGUAUGGUGUACAUUAAUCGUCGACAUAUUUGUUAUGUAAUAUUGUUAUUUUAAAACUGGUGAUGACAGAUCUAUUAUAAUAACUGUUCCCAUAAUCGCUGCUUUAUUAUUGAGCAGGUUCAGGCACAUUCUACUGCGAUGGAAAGAUUUAAUUCUAGGUGUUUUACACCUAUGUCAACUCUCCUCCUUUCUCUAAUCAGGAAACUUGCACUUGAAAGCAUCAAUGCAUCCAAAUGUAUAAACUGUUUUUUUGUUUUUUAUAAAAUAGUUUUUAAACAUUUGUGCAACAUUUGUUCUCUCAAGCUCUACACCUGAACCCGAAUGAAGCCCCGUGUUUUAUUUUUAAAACUCAAAUAUCAUCGUGUGUAAUGUAUUUCCAUCGAUCCAUUAAUAUAAGGUACAUUUAAAAGCUAAAUUGACAUUUACUAUCAGCGUUAUACCAUUGAAAUGUCAGCCCAAACCCCAAGGUGAUGACAAGUGCUCGCUAUCAAUGUAUUACGUCCUUUAUCCUUGUACGUAAGGGAACUUUGCAUGAUAUCAGAUAGAUAUAUAUAUUUUGGUACUGUUUGAUUUUGUAUUGAAAUUGCAAUUAUGACUGAAAAAAUUGUUGUCCGAGAUGGACAUCGGGACAUUGCUUGUUGUUAUGAUACAUUUUUGACCACAUCUGGGUUUCGGAGAUUCCAAAUAUCGUAUGUAUGUGUAAACUUUUUACGGUAACAUAGUACCAUGCUAUUAGGAAUGUAUGGCACCAUAAAAUUCAUGACUCUUUUCUGUAUUUUCAACUUUAUGCUGUUUGAUAUAAUUGAUUAACAAUUCAUUAAUAUCUUCAUUGUGUUCAACGAAAGCAAGGUAUCAUUUCACUUUAUUAAACAUCACAGAGUAAUAAUGAACAUAACAAUUUAGGGUGUUCGAUAUAACCGAGUAAUCAUUCAUAAAUCACUUCCGGGAAUUCGAUAUAACCGAGUUAUAAUUCAUAAAUCACUUCCGGGAAUUCGAUAUAACCGAGUAAUCAUUCAUAGAUCACUUCCGGAAAUUCGAUAUAUCCGAGUAAUCAUUCAUAAGUCACUUCCGGGAAUUCGAUAUAACCGAGUUAUAAUUCAUAAAUCACUUCCGGGAAUUCGAUAUAACCGAGUAAUCAUUCAUAAAUCACUUCCGGGAAUUCGAUAUAACCGAGUUAUAAUUCAUAAAUCACUUCCGGGAAUUCGAUAUAACCGAGUAAUAAUUCAUAAAUCACUUCCGGGAAUUCGAUAUAACCGAGUAAUAAUUCAUAAAUCACUUCCGGGAAUUCGAUAUAACCGAGUAAUAAUUCAUAAAUCACUUCCGGGAAUUCGAUAUAACCGAGUAAUUAUUCAUAAAUCACUUCCGGGAAUUCGAUAUAACCGAGUUAUAAUUCAUAAAUCACUUCCGGGAAUUCGAUAUAACCGAGUAAUCAUUCAUAGAUCACUUCCGGGAAUUCGAUAUAACCGAGUAAUAAUUCAUAAAUCACUUCCGGGAAUUCGAUAUAACCGAGUAAUAAUUCAUAAAUCACUUCCGGGAAUUCGAUAUAACCGAGUAAUAAUUCAGAAAUCACUUCCGGGAAUUCGAUAUAACCGAGUUAUAAUUCAUAAAUCACUUCCGGGAAUUCGAUAUAACCGAGUAAUAAUUCAUAAAUCACUUCCGGGAAUUCGAUAUAACCGAGUUAUAAUUCAUAAAUCACUUCAGGGAGUUCGAUAUAACCGAGUUAUAAUUCAUAAAUCACUUCCGGGAAUUCGAUAUAACCGAGUAAUAAUUCAUAAAUCGCUUCAGGGAAUUCGAUAUAACCGAGUAAUUAUUCAUAAAUCACUUCCGGGAAUUCGAUAUAACCGAGUAAUAAUUCAUAAAUCGCUUCAGGGAAUUCGAUAUAACCGAGUAAUUAUUCAUAAAUCACUUCAGGGAAUUCGAUAUAACAGAGGAAUAAUGAUAUUCAGUAAUAUUGACAAACACUUUGAAAAUUAAUUAUUUCACGAGAUUCAUUAUAUCUCGGUAACAAUUAAUGAAUCAUUUAACGGUACAAUACAUAUCAAAAAUACAUCUCGUAAUAUAUAUCACAAAUUAUAUAUGAUAUAUCUAGAAUAAAUUGAAAACCUCAAUGAUGAUACUUUCUUGGUUGAAAUAGGAUAAUACUUGCACACUAUAAUUUGAAAUAAUGGAAGCUAGCAUGUUAAAGGUUUGUUUUCUUAGAAUAAAUAGUUUGAAUUAUUCCUGUUCCCUAUUAUCAUUCACCGUUUAGGAAUGGAUGCAGACACAUACCAAUUAUGUUCACCGUUUAGGAAUGGAUGUAGACACAUACCAAUUAAAUUCACCGUUAAGGAAUGGAUGCAGACACAUACCAAUUAUAUUCACCGUUUAGGAAUGGAUGUAGACACAUACCAAUUAAAUUCACCGUUUAGGAAUGGAUGUAGACACAUACCAAUUAUAUUCACCGUUUAGGAAUGGAUGUAGACACAUACCAAUUAAAUUCACCGUUUAGGAAUGGAUGCAGACACAUACCAAUUAUAUUCACUGUUUAGGAAUGGAUGUAGACACAUACCAAUUAUAUUCACUGUUUAGGAAUGGAUGCAGACACAUACCAAUUAUAUUCACCGUUUAGGAAUGGAUGCAGACACAUACCAAUUAAAUUCACCGUUUAGGAAUGGAUGCAGACACAUACCAAUUAUAUUCACCGUUUAGGAAUGGAUGCAGACACAUACCAAUUAUAUUCACCGUUUAGGAAUGGAUGUAGACACAUACCAAUUAUAUUCACCGUUUAGGAAUGGAUGUAGACACAUACCAAUUAUAUUCACUGUUUAGGAAUAUGUCGGUAUAACGUAAAUUCUUACAGAGAGCGGUUGUUUAUAACGUGUUAGUUAAGUAUGUUACUUCACAUCUUUAAUGUAACAAAAAGUUUUGUUUGAAUUACAUUGUCUAAAAUAAAAAUUGUAGUUUA